AUGGCAGGCGGCAAGGGUAUGAGCUGGCGCAAUCUCCUGGACUCGACCGGGCGUUUCUGACACCUUUCCAGGCAAAUCCGGUGGAAAGACUGGCGGUGGCAAGGCUGGCGGCGAGGCUGGCAAGACCCAGAAGUCUCACUCUGCCAAGGCGGGUCUUCAGGUACGUGUUAUCGCGAUACACGUCUUGCACAUGAGGUAGCAAGCUAUACGGCGGCUGGCGCGCGCAAAGGGCAUUCCGUGUACUGGUCGCAAGCACACGCCACGAAUCACACUUACUACUACUGUGUAGCCUUCGUCGAUUCCACUUGCUGCCACCCUGCCACUACGAACCCGAUCCUACGCGCUUCUUACCCCGCUGCACCGAAAUUGCAAUGUCGCUAAUCGAGGCCAUAGUUCCCAUGCGGACGUGUCAAGCGUUUCUUGAAGAGCCAGACCCAGAACAAGAUGCGCGUCGGUGCCAAAGCCGCCGUCUACGUUACCGCCGUCCUCGAGUACCUUACCGCUGAAGUCCUCGAAUUGGCAGGCAACGCUGCAAAGGAUCUGAAGGUCAAGCGUAUCACGCCCCGCCACCUGCAGCUCGCGAUCCGUGGUGACGAAGAGUUGGACACCCUCAUCAAGGCCACCAUUGCUUUCGGAGGUGUUCUCCCACACAUCAACCGCGCGCUUCUCCUCAAGGUGGAGCAGAAGAAGGGAAAGAAGGCCGAUGCUUAA